AUGCCGACCGUCACGCAGAUGGCCGAGGCGCUCCUCACGCCGUCCAUCCCCGUCAUCCUCCUCGGCCUCGUCAUCGUCGUCGGCGGCCCCAUCCUGCUACACUUGAUCCUCGCCUCGUCCGCCACGUACACCAUCGCCCCGACGGUCCUCCUCGUCGGCCCCGAAAACGCCGGCAAGACGUCCCUCCUCACCCUCCUCGAGCGCGGCACGAGGCCCGCCGACACGCACACCACCCAGCGAACCCAGUCCGUCGAAUUAAACGCCACCACCGACGCCAGGACCAAAGGCUCCUUCAGGAACCACGACGACUCAACCGGCACAUACACCAAGUUCCUGCUCAUCGACACACCGGGACACGGAAAGCUGCGCAACCUGGCAAUGGCCAAGCUCGCCGACGCCGACAAGUUACGCGCCGUAGUGUUCAUGGUCGAUGCCGCCGCGCUGGGCGAGCAGGAGACGCUCGCCCCCACCGCCGCCUACCUCUACGACGUGUUGCUGCAUCUGCAGCGCAAGGCGAGCCAAAAGGGGACGACGGGGGGCGCGAUUCCGGUCCUGAUUGCCGCCAACAAGAUGGAUUUGUUCACGGCGCUGCCGGCCAGCCUGGUCAAGAGCCAGCUGGAGAAUGAACUGACGCGGAUCCGGGCUUCCAAGAGCAAGGCGCUCCUGGAUUCGGGGGUUGGGGUCGACGAGAUUGGAUCAGAGGAGCACGAUUCAUGGUUGGGAGAGUAUGACUCCGAAAAGUUUUCCUUUCAGCAGAUGAGCGAGUUUGACGUUAGCGUCGACGUCGUCCCUGGGAGUGUUACUACGACAGUGGCAGACGUUGACAAGUGGUGGUGGUGGAUGGCGCAGCGCGUGUGA